AUGAUGAUGACGACGACGACGCGCGCGCCCGCCGCCGCGCGCGCGUCGACCGCGCCGCGCGUCGACCGCGCCGCGCGCGCGUCUUCCGCGUCGGCGCCUCGUCAUCAUCGCGCGAUCGGCGCCGCGCAUCGCGCGUCGUCGCGCCGGCGCCCGGGCGGCCCGUCCGUCGUCGCCCUCGCGGCGCUCCCUCGCGGCGCCGCCGCCGCGAUGGCGAUGGCGAUGGCGACGCGCGCCGACGCCGACGCCGCCUCCGCGCGCCCGCGCGACGGCGUCGUCGCGCGCGGCCGCAAGGGGAUGCUCGGCCGAGUCAUCGACGGCGAGGACGACGAGACGACGUCGAAGAAGAAAAAGGAGAAGCGCGCCGCGGCCGCCGCGGACAAGGCGGCGACGUUCGACGGCGCCGGCCGCGCGCCAAAGGGCAGCGCCAGCAUGGCCGCGAGCUUGGAGGGAGGCCUCGGGAAGGCGUCGUCCAAGGGAAAGAACUGGAUAGUGGUCGGCGACGCGAAGACGGAUUUCGCGUCGAAGCCCAUCAAGCUUCUCGAGCUCGCCAACGGUAACUUCCUCCUCGUCAAGUACGCGGAGACGGACCAGGUGUUUUGCAUCCCGUGCAACAGCACGGCGUAUCAGUACCCGAUGAUCGACGGCGAGCUGUUCUUCGGGCCGGCCGGGCCGGCGAUUCGCGUGCCGCUCGACGGCACCGAGUACGACCUCACGACGGGCGACGUGAUCAAGGCGCGUUCUCUAUUCUACACACUCGUCCCCAUACGACCGCGUUCGCGUGGUGAACGCCGUUCCUUGAGGACUUUCUCUCCCGGCGCGUCUCUGCGCCCAUCACCCCUCGCGUUCGAUCCCGACACACCGCGAUGUUGCCUUUCAACUCCAUCUGACGCCUUUGAACUCCACCCCGACGUUCAUUCGCUCGUACGCGACGCGCUUAAGUGGUGCCCGGGCGGGGGGAACCCGAUCAAGAGCGUGCUCGGGGCGCUCAAGUCAAAGGAGACGCCGGUGCCGCUGCCGACGUACCCGGUGAGCGUGGCGGCGGACGGGACGAUCAGCACGACGUUCGUGAAGUGAGAGAAGAGCGAAUAAUAUUUGAUCGUACAUCUAUUC